CAGGUGCCGCCGACAGGAGCGCGUCGUGACUCGACCUGCCCACCCGAGCAGCUACUGCUGGGAGCUGCGACGGCCCGGAGGCAAUUCAACAGCGCAAGAAACGGAGUGUGACAGCCAGCGUGGAGUUCGCUGACGGCUCUCUGUAGCUGCUCAUCUAUGUAGUGCUACAAUCGUGAACGGACGGAGACGUUCAUGAGCUAGUGCUAAAAGUGACAAGCUCGUGACAAGUGACAAAUCGAGGCUGCGUGAGGCGCUCACUAGGGCCGGGUGAAGAGACUAGCAGUGUCUGUGCGCUCGCCGACUAGCCUAACCGAACCAGCGGCCGCCGCGGGGCGCCGGUGUCCGGCCACCGGCCAUCGUCAGCGUCUCUCUGUGCCACGCGCGCGGUCCGCCGGGGGCGGCGGUCGGUGGCGGUCGGAGCGGCCCGGCCGGCGCCCUGGGACUCCGGGCCGGGCGGUCCGGUCACGGCUCCGCGGGGAUGUCGGACGGGGUCAGACGGUGACCUCAGCGUCGGUCACCAUGGCGGAGAGCGGCCGGCCGGCCGGCGCCGCCGCCUGCCUUCUCGUCCUCACUGGAGUCUUUCUAGGCUGCGCGGGUAACCCGGACGCCAAGCGGCUCUACGACGACCUGCUCUCCAACUACAACAAGCUGGUGCGGCCCGUGGUCAACGUCACCGACCCGCUCACCGUCAAAAUCAAACUCAAACUGUCCCAGCUCAUCGACGUGAAUUUGAAGAAUCAAAUCAUGACAACGAAUCUUUGGGUCGAGCAGCACUGGGAGGACUACAAACUGAAGUGGGAGCCCGGCGAGUACGGAGGCGUCACCAUGCUGCACGUGCCGUCAGAUCACAUAUGGAGGCCAGACAUUGUGCUGUACAACAACGCCGAUGGAAAUUUCGAAGUGACGCUGGCCACCAAAGCGACGCUCUUCUCCGACGGAAAGGUGGAAUGGAAGCCGCCGGCCAUCUACAAGUCCUCGUGCGAGAUCGACGUCGAAUACUUUCCGUUUGACGAGCAGACUUGCGUCAUGAAGUUCGGUUCAUGGACGUACGAUGGAAAACAGGUCGAUCUGAGGCACGUAGAAGAGGAGCCUCCGGACGACAGGGUGAAAAUCGGGGUCGAUUUGACCGAUUUCUACCUGUCGGUCGAGUGGGACAUUUUGGACGUUCCAGCAAUAAGGCACGAGAAGUUUUACACGUGCUGUAACGAGCCUUACCUGGAUAUCACAUUCAACAUUACAAUGAGGAGGAAGACGCUGUUCUAUACGGUCAACCUCAUCAUUCCCUGCAUGGGCAUCUCGUUCCUUACCGUGCUCGUCUUCUACUUGCCAUCGGACAGCGGUGAAAAGGUCAGUCUGUCAAUCAGCAUACUGCUGUCACUGACUGUGUUCUUCCUGCUACUGGCCGAGAUCAUUCCUCCGACGUCACUGGUGGUGCCAUUGCUUGGAAAGUUCGUCCUCUUUACAAUGAUACUCGACACGCUAAGUAUAUGCGUGACGGUGGUGGUGCUCAACAUACACUUCCGGUCGCCCCAAACGCACUCGAUGGCGCCCUGGGUGCGGCGAGUGUUCAUCCACAUCCUGCCGCGGCUACUGGUGAUGCGGCGGCCCCAGUACAACACUUACGACAAACACAGUCGGGUGCUGAUCCGCACCUGUAACGGUCUGGAGGUGCGGGAUACGGCCGCCCAGUACCCCAACAAUCAGCUGUUCGCGUCGGAGGAGCCGCGUCGGGGCCGACAGACGUCGUUCGGCCGAGAGACCAUCAAGGAGCACGGCCUCUGCUACCCGAGGGCGUCCGUCUACAGCGACGUCAACAACAGGAACGAGGUGGACGCGCUGGGACUGAACGCGCCGUGCCGAAUACACGGCAACCCGAGCUCCGUAGACGACGAGUUCGGCUGCCACAAGGCGCGGCCGUGCGAGCUCGGCCACUGCUCUGAGGUCUACCGCGCCUUCGAGGGCGUCAAAUUCAUCGCCGAGAGCACCCGGCGGGAGCAGGACACCACCAGGGUACGCGAGGACUGGAAGUACGUAGCCAUGGUGCUGGACCGGCUGUUCCUCUGGAUCUUCACGCUGGCGGUACUGGUGGGGACGGCCGGCAUCAUCCUGCAGGCGCCGACACUGUACGACGACCGGCGGCCGAUCGACGUCAUGUACACGGAGAUUGUCAGCCCGCAGCAGCGUCAGCGUGUCGGCUAAUAGCCAGAGCUGAGCUGAGCUGAGGGGGCGUGUCGGGGCCCGGCGCAGCGGCAGCGACUCCGCUACCGGACAGAGCGGAGUCGUAUUGGCGUGUCGGGGCCGGCACGCCAGCAGCAGCGGCAGCUCGGGACGGCAGCGGCUCAGACCGCGGCCCGGGCGGACCUGCAGCGGCCUCAGUGGGACUCUGGUGACCGCCGGGACCCUGGACAGUGGCGGUACCUGCUCCGGUGGCGCCCGCUGGAGGGAACUGCUCCUCAAAGGCGCCGUCCGCAGCCGCGGUGUGGGUGCAGUGGUGUGUGGAACUCAGGUAGGAAGGGUGCGGCAGUAGCCGGGGUGAGGAACACUGGUUACCGCAGCUGUAUGCCGCAUUUUGUCGGUGCUAAUGAAUGUGAGUUCCACAUUGACGAGGACGAUCAAGCAUGGUACAAGCGUAAGUUAUAAAAGGAAGCUGGUUGGCCGUUUGAACGUUGAUCGAUGUUUUGAAGAACUGAGGUCUUGUAGCUCUUGCAUAUGGUAGCAAGUACAUAUAGGCGUUGUACUGCCUAACGUUUUUAACGAAUCAUUGUCAGCAGCCCUUGUGAACAUUUCCCGAAUGAGUGUGUCACUUCAUUCAUGGUGCUCCUAUCUCCGCGGCGUGCGUUUUCCCCCACGGAUCGACGUCUGCGCGGUGCUGUUACUGCUCAAUGAAUGUAGAUCUUGUUGCCAGGUUUUCACAGAGCUGGCGUCGUCUCUGUGUCGGGCGGAGUCUCAGAACGUAUCUUUCCGAACGCAGGUCGGAACUUACAGGCUCAGCAGAACUUAGAGGCGACCGCUACCGCUUCCAAAUCGGCGCGGCGAUUCGGCUGAGGUGGUGACAUGGGAAGACCUUUGAUAAGCAAUCAUUGUUGUUGGCGAUGGUUUAUGAACAGUUGUCGACCUGACGUUUUACGGUCUCUGACUAGCCGCUCUUCUACAGUCGCUGUGUACGCCUCUGUUUUCCCGUAUUCGUUAUUUUGCAGUGAUGAAAGGCACUUUCAUUGCUGUUAGAUAAAUACCGCUGUAUUGUAUUAUUUUAUCAGACCAAAGCCAUCAAUAUAUGCAUUGCUCAUUUAUUUGUUGAGCAUAAUGCAGUUGAAACUUCGUGUCUUUUUUACAAAUCUUGAGGAAAUUACGUGUCGAAUAGGAGACUUUGUUCGUAAAUAUUGUUACGUACACUAUGCGUGGUUGUUUUCCCCGUUUCGUUGUUUGCUCAUGAUGUUGAGAAUAAUAAAACAAAUCUGUAAAUAUUAUUAUUCUGGACAAUAAAACACGAAAUUCCCAUGUU